AUGGAAGACUUUGAGGCUUUAGGUAUCAACGUUGCAGAGAUGUGUCUUGUCCCCGAUAUGUUCAUCCCUGUCAAGUUCAAAGUACCCGACUUUGAAAUGUACAAAGGAGCCAAUGACCCUAGGACACAUAUUCGAGCCUAUUACCGAAAGAUGGACGGUUACUCCAACGAUGACAGACUUCUCAUGCAUUUCUUCCAAGACUCAUUGAGUAGAGCGUCUCUACAAUGGUAUAUGCAAUUGGAAGGAACUCAUAUUUGGAUAUGGAGGGAAAUGGUUGAGGAAUUCCUUAAACACUACCAAUAUAAUACUCAUAUGGCGCCCAAUUGCACCCUGCUGCAAAAUCUGACUCAAAAGUUCGAAGAGACUUUUAAAGAGUAUGCACAACAGUGGAGAGAACUUGCGACAAGGGUACAUCAUCCAUUGUUGGAGUGUGAAUUGGUAGAAAUGUUUAUGGGUAAUCUGCAAGGCCCGUACUUGGACGGGAUUGUAGGGAGUACGUCCUCCGGUUUCUCUAAUUUGGUCUUAGCUGGUGAAAGAAUAGAGAAUAUGAUCAAGAUGGGAAAGAUUCAGAACUCUACAAGCACCUCUGGUGUUGUGAAUAAACCAUUUGUAGCUUAUGGUAAGAAGCGUGAAGGUAAAACAAAUGCAACCACCAUUGUUAGGGGAAGGGCGUCGACAUACCGUGCACCUUACCAACAAGUAGCCGCCGUAGCGCCAGUUCAACAACAACAACCGUUUAUAAUUCCAAUUGAUCAACGAGUACAACAAUAA